AUUUUGUACUUAGCGUAUUAUCGAUGCGCAUUUACACAAACUGAAAUGUUAUUAACGCUGAUGUGAUUAGAAAAUGUAUAAGUUUUGUUAACGUGAUACAACGAAAUAGUGAAAUUGUAGUUUUAUCCUAGAAAUGCUAUUUUGUUUCCCUCCGUUACUUGGUGACGCUGGUAAUGAACAUUAAAAAUGGUUACUUCCAAUAAACAAUCUGAUAAAAAAGUCGUAAAAAUGACUGAUGAAAACAGCAGUGCAGUGGUGCCUCAAAGAACACUACUAGGUGAAGUUAAUGAACAAAUAACGUGCCCCUUGUGUCGAGGUUACUACAUCGACGCAACCACUAUCGUUGAAUGUUUACAUUCGUUCUGCCGUAGUUGUAUUAUAAAGCAUCUGCAAGUGAAAAGUUACUGCCCAGUUUGUGAAAUGAUGAUUAAUUCUGCGAAACCUAAUAUCAAACUUGAUAAAGCCUUACAAGAUAUUGUAUACAAACUAGUGCCUGGGCUUUUUCAAAAAGAGAUGGAACGCCGUCAAACGUUUUAUGCCUCCAGACCUGGUCCAGCUGCCUGUGCUACACCAGAACAGAGAGGUGAAGAUACAGAAAGAAUAAUAUUUAGUCCAGAGGAUGUUAUUUCUUUUUCUUUGGAAUAUGCAGAUGCUACUGAUGCGGACAGUAUAUCCAGUAAAUCUUCAGACAGCAAUGAGCCACCUAUAGUUUCACUGACUACACGGAGAUACUUGCAGUGUCCAGCUGUUGUAAAUAUAAAUCACCUAAAAAAGUUUCUGAGUAUGAAAUUUGAUAUUGAUAGCACACAGUUUGCUAUUGACAUAUUAUACAAAAGAGUUCCAUUGCCUGAUUAUUAUACAUUAAUGGACAUUGCUUAUAUAUACAAUUGGAAAAGAAAUGAACCAAUGAGAUUUUUUUACCAAAUAAUUGAUUAUGUUGCAAUCCGAAAUAGAUUAUUUGAUAUCAAUAGAAAAGGUACCCAUUUUCCAGAUAGGAAAUCUAGUCCCACAUGUACUGAAGAUACCACUGUUAACAGCCCAGCUCCAAACAUAAAUGAUCAGGGUUCAGAAGCCUCUUCUGGUACUGACAGCCCAAUGCCUGAUGAAAGUAAUAUAAAAAAAGCUGGUGACACUACAAAGAAAGACAUUGUUGGUCAGAAAGUGCAAGAUAUUAAUGUACAAAAUACAACUUCUGCAGAAUCCACAAGAUGUUCAUCACCUGUGAAAAAUGAUGAUGAGGUGGAGAAGUCACAGUUUUUAAUUUCAUUUGAAUUAACAGCUAAAAGUGCUUCCACUACCUCAAAGUCACCAUCUUCCAAAACUAAUGCAAGUGAUAUUCAAACAUCACCAAAGGAAACGCCUAAAUCUUUGACUAGUGCAACUAAAGCUGCUGAUGAUACUUUAAAACGGAAAUUUGAUAACGUAAAAACUUUACCCGAAAUUAAAAAAAUUAAAAUAGAGAUAGAAAAGGCAAAGAUACCCUUGCCUCAAACAGUUACAGGAAAUAAAGUAUCAAAUUUAAAUGAUAACCUUCAAAAACCAAGAGUUGAUAUAUCUGAUAAUGGAAAAAAUAUUAAUGACACAACUAAAGCCCAACUUCCCAACACAAGUAACAGUGCGCAGACAAUAAACCAAAUGGCUCCUAAAGAUAUCAAAACACAGCAAUUUCCUACUUUAAAACAACAUUUAGAUAAUUCUGGACAUAAAAGACAGGUUGCAGUGUUGCAGACCAUUUUAUCUCCCAAACGUAAAGCAUCUGAUGCACCUUCAGGUUCCCAGCCCUCUCCAGUAGUACAUAAAACAGUAUCUCCACUUAAGCUUCAAAUACCAAAACCUGAAAUUCAAACAACAAAUCUAAAACAUAUUGAAUUUACCAAACCUGUUACGAAAAAAAUGCCUGAUCUUAAACCCAGUAUACCUACUUCAUCAAAUACACAACAUAAAGGGCCAACUGUUGGAAAAUUGCGCAUGGAUCUUUUAGCUAAUAAUUGUGAUCCAACAAUUGAUAGGAGUAAAAUAUUGUCACAGGUUAAAACAUCUCUUCCAGCGCCUAGUACACCACCUUCAUCAGGAGAUCCUUUAAAGUCAUUGUUUGAUUCAUGUAAAAUCAAUAUACCUUCUUCAUUGUCUAUUACUUUGACUGAUCAAAAAUUAGAUCCUCGUAGCCCAUCUGAUCCCAAUCAUUCUGAUCCUAAAAAGAAUGUGGUUAGUAAAAAUCUUCCAUCAGCUUCUAGUGCUAGCACUCAUAAAGUACCAAAUAAUCCUGUACAUAAUUAUAUUGAGAUUCUUAAGUUGCCUGAUAGUGAUCCUAAAAAAUUAAUUAAACCAGAUGUAAAUACAGAUAAAGCAAAUGUGCCUAUUAAAUUAGAAAAUAAUGCAGUACCUUCUAAACCACCCACAAAAUCAUCUGAAACUUCUGCUAAAGGGCCUGUACCUAAUUUAAAACCAAUUUCUGACACUAAAUUAGGUAAACAAAGUGGAAAUUUUGCAUCGCCUAUAACAUUUCAACAAACAUUUGAGCAACAACUGAAAGCAUUAAAAUCAGACAAAAAGUCUAAACUGCCCAAAAACAAAACUCAGGUUCCCAAGCUGGUGCCUGCUACCCCAAAGUCGUUAACGGCAGCAAAUAUAAUUCAUAGCACUAUCCCUAAGCCAAAUCCGACAAGUGUUGGCACUAUGGAAAGUAAAGCACUUGCGCUAGAUUUGUCUACUCCACAUAACAUUCAUAGUCAAUUAGGACCUCAACACACUAAAGCCUUUGAGACAAUGCAAUCAAUUGCUAAUUUGGCUAAGAAACAAAAUAUACCAUCAAAAGCAGUGCAAUUGCCACUGGCUCAGGCAAACACCUUUGCCAAUUUUUCAAAUAGAAAUAUUCAAACUAGUGCACCAACACUGAGAGUACCAUCUGCAAAUAGUAUAAAUCAAUUAAAGCUUGAUAAAAUUAAUGCUAAUGUAUCACAAGCUAAUCCACCUAGACAGGACUCCAAUCCGCAGAAUAAUCAGAUUAAACAAGCAAACAAUUCAAGCUCAACUAUUCCAUCACCAAGUUACACUCACAAUUCAUCUAGUGCAGCUCAACCAUCACCAAGGUCACAAACACGCUCUCCAAGUUCUUCACCAAAACUAGUUAUUGCAGAAGAAAAGCAAGCCAGUAGUAGUGGUACUGAGCUAAAUAUCAAUCAGUCAAAUCAAAUUACGAGCACUCAAUUAUCCAAUACAAGCACAAUAAAGGUUGAAUCUCCCAAAGCUUCUCCAGGACCAUCCAAAGCAGGCAUAAAAUCUGUUAAGCUACAAAUGCCGCAAAGCAAAGGGACAGGCAUAAGGCAACCCAUAACUCCAACAAUUAAUUCAAAUCAGUCUGUAAAUUCUCCUGCUGACUAUCUAUCACAGCCACAGCUAAUAUCUCAUGCACAUCAAGCUAUAUUACAUUUACACACUUUAUCAUUUCAGAUGGCUUCACUUCAAGCAACAAUUCCCUUCAAAUCCCGAAAACGAACUUAUUAUAAUGAAACGAAAACCAACUCAAACAUUGAGAAUGAAAACAUUUUAAAUAUUGACAUCGCAAAAAGUCCCCUAAAAAGGAAAAUGGAAGAGAAACAAAUGGAAUCGAAUGUGAUAAAUGACAUGUGUUCUGCAAAGAAAAUUUCAAGAAAGCUUAAGAACUCUGGCGAGGCUAAGAACUCCCUCAAUAAUCAAAACGGUCCUACACUAAAACCACUUGUGAGUAGAGAAAAAGAAAUCACAUUUAUGGAAAACUUUUUGACUGAACAACUUGACAAGGGCGAAUCUGCUUCUUUAUAUGUUUCUGGACAACCUGGCACAGGCAAAACUGCAAGUUUAUCGUACAUAUUACAAAUACCAAAGAUUCGGGAUGGGUAUAAGCAAGUUUAUAUUAAUUGUACAAUGAUGAAAUCGGCAGCUAGCAUAUACUGUAGGAUUUGUAAAGAGUUGCAGUUGUCAACAUCAGGCACCAGCGAAAAAGCUUGUCAUAGUGCGAUUGAAAAAUAUUUGUUUAAGAAACACAAGCUAAUCCUCCUAAUCUUAGAUGAGAUCGACCAACUAGAAAGCAAGAGACAAUCAGUAUUAUACACCAUAUUUGAGUGGGCAUCUACACCAGAAUCCCAAAUGGUGUUAGUGGGCGUUGCUAACGCGUUAGAUCUGACGCAGCGUUCGCUUCCAAGACUCCAAGCUCGAGCGAACCUCCGGCCAGUUACUUUACAUUUCCCGCCCUACACCAAGCAACAAAUCAUCGAUAUAUUUACUCACGAAUUAACCGCUGAAGACACCACUAAUGUAUUCUCACCAGUUGCGCUUCAGAUGCUCGCAGCCAAAAUUGCAGCUGUUUCGGGUGACAUGAGACGAGCCUUAGACAUAGGACGGAGAGUAAUUGAACUCGCAAGACGUAGUAAAUUCUCAGAGAAUCAAUCUGUUGAUAGUAUGAUGACAGAUUCAUCAGUAACAGUAGAACUAAAGCAAGUUUUAGAAGUCCUAAACGACAUCUACGGCGGAUCUAGGAAAAUUGAAACUGACGUUGAAGAUGGCCUACCAAUGCAGCAAAAACUAAUAUUGUGCAGUCUUAUGUUAAUGUUAACAAAAGGAAAAAGCAAGGAAAUUAUUAUGGGAAAGUUACACGAUGUUUAUAAAAGGGUGGCCAAGGCACGGAACAUCGCUCCUCUGGAAGUUGGUGAGAUGGCCAGCGCGUGCUCGUUGCUCGAGGCGCUAGGGGCGUUGCGGGUGAGCGGCAGCGGGGCGGGAGGGGCUCGUGCCCGCCGCCUACGCCUCCAGUGGGACGAGGCAGAACUGAGCGCCGCUCUUAGAGACAAGCCAUUGCUCUCCGCCAUACUCGCAGACAACAGGUGCCUUAACGCCUAAGUACACUUACGGUGCUGAGUGAGACUAGUACCCAUUUUCACUAUAGUCGUAAAAAAGUAAUAGGCCCGUUUUGACAUUUGUCAUCGCGACGUAACU